CUCGCUCCGGGUUUCGUUCCUCUUGCGCAGGAGACGGCGGCGGCCAAAUCGGUCCGUACAUAAGAGGGGAAGUCGAGCAGCAGGAAGUGGCCUCUCUUUCCCGAAGCUCCACUGCUUUGUGGGAUCGCGGUGGGUUCCUCCAAGCUGGAGAGGUUUUCCGAGUCCCUCCACCCCGCCUCCUUCGUUGAGUACGGAAGCUGAGAGGGCCCGCGAGCAGCCAUGGCGGCGCAUCUUAAGAAGCGGGUGUAUGAGGAAUUCUCUAAAGUGGUUCAGCAACCACAGGAGGAAAUUGCUACUAAGAAACUCCGACUGACAAAACCAAGUAAAUCUGCAGCACUCCACAUAGAUCUGUGUAAAGCUACCUCCCCAGCAGAUGCUUUGCAAUAUCUACUCCAGUUUGCCAGGAAGCCUGUCGAGGCAGAAAGUGUGGAGGGAGUAGUCAGGAUUCUCUUGGAACAUUAUUACAAGGAGAAUGAUCCAUCUGUGAGACUGAAAAUUGCAUCAUUGUUGGGAUUAUUAUCAAAGACUGCAGGAUUUUCACCAGACUGCAUUAUGGAUGAUGCCAUUAACAUCCUGCAGAAUGAAAAGUCUCAUCAAGUCCUAGCUCAACUGCUGGAUACUCUGCUUGCAAUUGGCACUAAACUACCAGAGAAUCAAGCUGUCCAGAUGCGAUUAGUUGAUGUAGCUUGCAAGCACUUGACAGAUACCUCUCAUGGUGUAAGAAAUAAGUGCCUACAAUUACUUGGCAAUCUUGGCUCUUUGGAGAAAAGUAUCACAAAAGAUGCAGAAGGCUUAGCUGCCAGAGAUGUCCAGAAAAUUAUAGGCGAUUACUUCAAUGACCAAGAUCCACGUGUCAGAACAGCAGCUAUAAAAGCCAUGCUGCAGCUCCAUGAAAGAGGACUGAAAUUACAUCAAGCAAUUUAUAAUCAGGCCUGUAAAUUGCUCUCUGAUGACUAUGAACAAGUGCGCAGUGCUGCAGUCCAGCUUAUCUGGGUUGUCAGUCAGCUCUAUCCUGAAAGCAUUGUCCCAAUCCCUUCUUCUAAUGAAGAAAUUCGCUUAGUUGAUGAUGCAUUUGGAAAAAUUUGUCACAUGGUCAGUGAUGGCUCCUGGGUGGUUCGUGUUCAAGCUGCAAAGCUAUUGGGCUCUAUGGAGCAAGUCAGUUCUCAUUUCUUGGAGCAGACCCUUGACAAGAAGCUGAUGUCAGAUCUCAGGCGGAAACGUACUGCACAUGAGCGUGCCAAGGAACUGUACAGUUCCGGGGAGUUUUCCAGCGGCAGGAAGUGGGGAGAUGAUGCUCCCAAGGAAGAAGUAGAUACUGGGGCUGUGAACUUGAUUGAGUCUGGAGCUUGUGGAGCUUUUGUUCAUGGAUUGGAAGAUGAGAUGUAUGAGGUCCGUAUUGCUGCUGUGGAAGCUCUCUGCAUGCUGGCCCAAUCUUCACCCUGUUUUGCCGAGAAGUGCCUUGAUUUCCUGGUUGACAUGUUUAAUGAUGAAAUUGAGGAAGUACGUCUGCAGUCCAUACAUACUAUGAGAAAAAUCUCUAACAAUAUCACUCUCCGAGAAGAUCAGCUUGACACUGUCCUGGCUGUGCUAGAGGAUUCAUCCAGAGAUAUUAGAGAGGCUCUUCACGAACUCUUAUGCUGUACUAAUGUUUCAACCAAAGAAGGGAUUCAUCUUGCAUUGGUGGAACUGCUGAAAAAUUUAACCAAGUACCCUACUGACAGGGACUCCAUAUGGAAGUGCUUGAAGUUUCUGGGAAGUCGGCAUCCAACCCUGGUGCUUCCCUUGGUGCCAGAGCUUCUGAGUACCCACCCAUUUUUUGACACAGCUGAACCCGACAUGGAUGAUCCAGCUUAUAUUGCAGUUUUGGUUCUUAUUUUCAAUGCUGCUAAAACCUGUCCAACAAUGCCAGCAUUGUUCUCAGAUCACACCUUCAGACACUAUGCCUACCUCAGAGACAGUCUUUCUCAUCUUGUUCCUGCCUUGAGGUUACCAGGUAGAAAACUGGUGUCAUCAGCCGUUUCUCCCAACAUCACGCCUCAUGAGGAUCCUUCCCAGCAGUUCCUACAGCAGAGCCUUGAGAGAGUGUAUAGUCUUCAGCACCUGGACCCUCAGGGAGCCCAGGAGCUGCUAGAAUUCACCAUUAGGGAUCUGCAAAGACUUGGAGAACUUCAGUCUGAAUUGGCAGGAGUAGCUGACUUCUCUGCUGCUUAUCUUCGGUGUCAACUACUUCUCAUCAAGGCCUUACAGGAAAAGCUGUGGAAUGUAGCUGCCCCUUUGUAUUUGAGGCAGAGUGAUUUGGCCUCAGCAGCAGCAAAACAGAUCAUGGAAGAGACCUACAAAAUGGAGUUCAUGUACAGUGGCGUGGAGAAUAAGCAGGUGGUGAUUAUACAUCACAUGAGGCUGCAGGCCAAAGCAUUGCAACUUAUAGUAACAGCACGAACUACUCGAGGAGUUGACCCCUUAUUUGGGAUGUGUGAAAAAUUUUUACAGGAAGUGGACUUUUUUCAGAGGUGUUUCAUCGCUGAUUUGCCCCACAUGCAAGACAGCUUUGUGGACAAACUUCUUGACCUUAUGCCCCGACUCAUGACAUCGAAACCUGCAGAAGUGGUCAAAAUUCUACAGACCAUGCUGCGGCAGAGUACCUUCCUGCACCUCCCCCUUCCAGAGCAGAUCCACAAAGCCUCAGCCACCAUCAUUGAGCCGGCAGGCGAGUCAGACAACCCCUUGCGGUUUACAUCUGGUUUGGUGGUGGCCCUGGAUGUUGAUGCAACCCUAGAACAUGUGCAGGAUCCUCAGAGCACUGUGAAGGUCCAGGUCUUAUAUCCAGAUGGCCAGGCUCAGAUGAUCCACCCUAAGCCAGCAGACUUCCGGAAUCCUGGUCCUGGGCGGCACCGGCUCAUCACUCAGGUGUACCUCUCCCACACUGCCUGGACAGAACCAUGCCAGGUGGAAGUGAGGCUGCUGUUGGCCUACAACUCCAGUGCUCGCAUUCCAAAAUUCUCCUGGAUUGAGGGUGGCGAGGUGUCACCCCAGGUGGAAACCAGCAUCGAGGGCACCAUCCCCUUCAGCAAGCCUGUGAAAGUUUACAUAAUGCCCAAACCUGCAAGGCGCUGAAGCAAAAGCAGUCUGUACAGCCACGGCCUAGAAGCCCCUUCUUAGUGAGCUCUCGUGUGUCAACAACAAGAUGCCCUGAAAAAGGUGCCUGCCUUAAAGAUAAAAUGAAGCUUGUAGCCUGGCUGAAUCAUGCCAUGGCCCUGACACAAACACCUGAUGGCAAUUGCAGGGUUGGAGCAUAGAUGAAAACAACAGAUGCAUGGCUGCUGACUGAGCCCAUCAUGCUGGAACUAUAGAAGGCCUUCUAAGAGAAGAAUAUGCUGGAGACUUUUCAGAUACAGUACCACUUUUAUAAAAAUCCUUCCAAUUUAUCCUCCAUUUUACCAAUGAGGAAAUGGAAGCUUUGAGGUAGUGUCUUUAUCCUAAGGGACAGAGCCUGGACUUGAUCCUGUCUUAAAAUCCAAAAUGUACUUUUUCUAUCAAAGGUAGAUAUACACUAAGGGGGCAGAUUUUGGCUUACCAUCAGAAUAAAAAUUUGUUGCUAAGGACUUUGUAUCAUAUGAGGGGUUGAGUUCAACCUUUUAAAUCCCUUUUACCCUGAAUUCUCAGGUUCUGAGAAAUACAAGAAUUUUGAUUUUUCUGCAUCUGGUUCUGUACUUUUUCACUGAAGUAAAAAAGUGACCAUUUUUUUUAUAAAGGCUUGGAAGGGAGUGUGGCACCUUCAUUUACAAAUGAAGGUGUAAGCCCAGAGAGGCUGAGUUACUGGUGAAGCUAAGGCUAGAAACCCAGGCCUCCUGAUUCUCCUCCAUGUGGUUUUCAUAAUAAGAGUCUAUUCUUACUAAGAGGUCUAGCAUGCACCCAGCAGUCAGAGCCAGCAACCUGUGUGCCACACUGGAUUUCUUCCUUAUCCCUCAUACAAAAGCAGCCAAGUCCUUUAGAUUCUGCUUUCUGCAGUAUUUCUUGUCUCAAUCCUCUUCUCAUACUCAAUGUUUCCAUCCUGAUGCAGCCACCAUCAUCUCUCCUCCCAGUGAUCUCUUUGUCUCAGAUCUUGCCCUCUUCAGUCCAUUCUUCACACAGCUGUCUGUCUAAAAGCCAGAUCUGAUCACAUCGUUCCCCUGCUUAAGCCCCUUUAAGUGGAUCACUGCUAGUCCCAGGAUAAAAUCUAAACUUCUCUCCUUGAAGGCUCUUCAUGCCUCUGGGUUGUCUCCAGCCUCCUACUCCUUCUCCCAGACUGUCCCUGUACUAUGUAUGCCAGCUGAACGGAAUUACCGUGGUUGUUCCCAAAGCUCCCCAUGCUCUCUCUCACCUCUAGGCCUUUGGACCUGCUGAACCUUGGAAUGUGCUCUUGAGACUUCUAUGGUUCCUUUCCUCUUAUUCUUCAGGACUGGGCUUUGUACUAGAAUCUACUCUUAUCUGUGACUCUUCUGGGCUUGGAACAUUGCCUCCUGCACAUUCUUCAAGCAUAGUACUUAUCAUUGCAUUGCAGGUUCACAAAUGCAAACCCCUAAAGAAGGUAGGUGGAAAAAGCAAAGGAAUAAAGUGGCCAAGAGGAAGAUAAUAGAGACUGAAGAAUGAAAGAGCACAUUCUCUAUAGAGAAAGCAGUUGCUAUUCCAUGCCAAUCAUUUUAAUUUAUAAGUGUGGGCCUGGUCAUGUUAGACCUUCUCAUUUUUCAAAAAAAGUCAGAAAUCUGCAUUUUCAUGUAAAAAUACCCAAUUAAAAAAUCUUGGUAACUAAAGUCAAGGUUAAAAUUACUGAGAAAACACAUCUCCAGGUAGAUGUGUGCCCAUUUGCAACUUCUAUGUGAUCACUGUAUGUUUACACGUCUGUUUUUUCCAACUAAUCUGUACCUGGACAAUAAGAAUGUCUGUGUUUUUGUAUCUCCAGCACAACUCCCGCCACAUACCAGGCAGGGAAAGAAAGAGUAUAUGAAUCCAGAGCAAACUUGGCAGUACCUGGUGUGUCGCAAGAGCAAGCCCUGAGAUUUAAGUUUCUGAAAGGACUUUGUAUUUUCUUUGACAUGAUUGAGUUCAGCAAACUGAAUUAUGGAGAAGAAAGGUACACAUAUAGCACUUCUUGUCUUAGGAACCACUUACAUUAGAAGAAAUUAAGUGUGGGCUGAUUGAUGGCUGUGCUACCUAAAAACUGAAUCAAAAGGAUUUAAUGAUUAAUACAUGGGACUAAAUAUAGUGUCAUGUGGAAAAAUAGCUUUUCUCCAAGCUCUGUAUAUUUCCAGCAUUGACCAUGUGGACCAGAUUGAAAGGAAGGGGCUAUUUGUUAGCGGAUUUUAUACAAAGUUGGAUAACCUCUAAGACAUUUGUACUAAGUUCUCUUUAAUUGGUGAUAGCUCACUUAGGAACAAUGAUUACACCCACACCUAAUUCAACACCCAUUGGAGCUGUCUCACAUUACAUUUGACAAAAAAAAAAAAACUGCAUCAUUAAAGAAACAGUCUGAAUUUUAUCAAACACCUCUCUUAGGUAUAUAGGGCUGGCUUUAUAAGCUGAGGGAACAGAUCUAUAAAGAUCCUGUCAUCUGGGAAAUGCAGAAAGGGCACUAAGCAGGGCCUCCCUAGCCUUCUCUGCUGGGUGUCUUGUCUGUGAGGAUCUCCCUUGCGCCUCUAAGGAACAAGGAGGUGUAUGACAGAAAGAGAUCAAGACAGCAUUCGGUUCUGAUCCUGCCUCUACUUGUUGGGUGAACUUGGAAAAAUUCCUUCACUCCAUUCCAGUUGUCUUAGCUUACCUUUUCUUGCCAAGCUACAUCUUAAGUUGCUGUCCAGUCUGUGGAUUGGCUUCCCUUAGGUCAGAUGCCUAACAGUGACAGGGUCAUGUGGAGCAAAAACCAGCUUUCCAGGGGUGCUGCUUCCACAAUAGCUGGGGUGGAGCAAUUUUAUUUAUAGCUGUUAUAAACACCAUACCUGGUAAAUGUCUAGUUAGAAAGUUGCCAAGUAAAUGCUUAUUCAGUGAAUUAAUGAACAUUUUACUCUUUAAGAAUCAGGUUAAGUGUCAUCUCCUUAAUGAUGUCUUCCUUAAUUUUCCUUACAUCUUGGUAGGAUAAAUUGGUCUUUUCUUUGUA